AUGUCAAGAGAAAAUCAAGUUACUGCACUCGUGCAAUUACAGUUGGCGUUUGUCAUUUUGAUGUUGGCCUUGGCUUGUUCGUACGCCGACGAGCGGGACAAGCAAGCAACGACACUAAAACGCGAACAAGAUGUGCAGCCUGAAGGUUACUCGUACAGCUACGAAACAUCCAACGGCAUUUCUGCGAAUGAACGAGGUGCGCUUCAAAAUGAUGCCAUAGCCGUCCAAGGUAACGCACAAUGGACAGAUCCUGAAGGAACACCUGUUCAAAUUUCAUACGUAGCCGAUGAGAACGGUUACCAACCGACCGGUAGCCAUGUACCUCAAGUGCCCGAAUAUGUACUUCGUGCCAUCGAAUACAUCAGAACUCACCCUCCACCACCGGCAAAAUAA